AUGCCGACCUGCUCGGACCAAGUCGUAUAUAGGCCUGGGUUCUAUACGUCAUCCCAGAAUAUGAGUCCUGCAACAUUUAAACCACCCGUAAGAAAUAUUACAACUGAUCUUUCAAAUGUGCUAAAUGCCAAUGGCACGACAAGUCAUGUCGAAACUCAGAAGAAUACAUGGCGUUCAAAACGUAGAUGGCUAAUCAUGGCUCUGGCAAUUGUCGGAGUUUUUGCAGCGAUUGUAGGUGGCUACGUGGCAUAUGCUCUACUUGCUACAAGUAGUACAAGUAUGUUAGAGAGAAAUUAUACUGAUGAAGAAGUCCAUUGA